AUGGAGGAGCACAACCUCACCGCGGUGACCGAAUUCAUUCUGCUGGGCAUCACAGACUGUCCCGAGCUGCAGGCUCCACUGUUUGUGCUGUUCCUCGUCGUCUACCUGACCUCACUGGUGGGCAACUUGGGCAUGAUCGUGCUCACCCAGGUGGACUCUGGGCUGAAAACACCCAUGUACUUUUUCCUCAGACACCUGGCUGUCACUGAUCUUGGUUGCUCUACGGCUGUGGGACCCAAAAUGCUGGCUAAUUUUGUUGUGGCCCAAAAUACAAUCUCUUAUUAUUCCUGUGCUCUGCAGCUGGCUUUCCUAUUUCUAUUUGUUGGUAGUGAACUUUUUAUUCUGUCAGCAAUGUUCUAUAACUGCUACAUGGCCAUUUGUAACCCACUUCUGUACACUGUCAUUAUGUCACAGAGAGUAUGUUGGGUGCUAGUGGCCAUCCCCUAUGCCUACAAUACAUUUGUGUCUCUUCUGAUUACCACAAAGAUUUUUACCUGCCCCUUCUGUGGCCACAAUAUCACUCAUUUCUACUGUGACAGUCUCCCCUUGUUGUCAUUGCUGUGCUCGAAUACUCAUGAAAUUGAAGUGAUAAUUCGGAUUUUAUCAGCAUUUAACUUGAUUUCCUCUUUCCUAAUGGUCCUCAUGUCCUACCUGCUCAUCCUUGUAACCAUUCUCAGGAUGAACUCCGUGGAGGGCAGGCGCAAGGCCUUCUCCACCUGUGGGUCCCACCUGACCGUGGUCACAGUGUUCUACAGAACUUUGAUAUUUAUGUACGUGCAGCCCAAGGACAGUCACUCCAGUGACACCGGCAAAGUGGCUUCCAUAUUUUAUGUGUUAAUCAUUUCAAUGUUGAAUCCAUUGAUCUAUAGUUUGAAGAACAAAGAUGUAAGCUAUGCUCUCCAUAGGACAUGGAAAAAGAUAUGCAAUGUUUUUCUAUAA